AUGGUUGGGGACCCCUGCGAUGGACGCCUGGUGGGACGGACACAACCAUAUUCAACUACUGAGAUGCUCUCGGCCUGCCUGGUCUCGCCUGGGUCUCUUGCCCAGCUGAAAGGCUCUCGAAGGGUUAAAGAGGGGAGGGAGCCCGCCCCCCGCUUUGUGCAGAGCCACGAGGUCCCCGCAUGGGCCGGAGGGCAGAUCCGACCCGGCGCCUUGGGAAGGAGGAAGUUCCUGAAGAGGAAGGACGUAGUCAGGCAGUCCUCCUGGGCCCAAAGGCUGAUCUCUGCUGUCCUCUAUGAUCCUUCCUGUGACGUGGGAGGGGUCCUGGGCUCCCUCUGCAAGGAGGGGAACCCUUGCCUGGCAGUCCUGUGUCUGGUCAGGAGAAGAUUUCAUAAGGAGAAACCAUGUAAAUGCCUGGAAUGUGGAAUCAGCGUCAGUAAAAGUGGCCACCUUACUGUCCAUCAAAGAAUUCAUACAGGUGAGAAACCAUAUAAAUGCCUGGAGUGUGGGAAAUGUUUCAGUGAGAGUGGACGCCUUACUUCUCAUAAAAGAAUUCAUACAGGUGAGAAACCAUACAAAUGUCUAGAAUGUGGGAAAAGCUUCAGCCGGAGAGACAGUCUAAUUCCCCAUCAAAGAAUUCACACAGGAGAGAAACCAUAUGAAUGCCUGGAGUGUGGAAAAAGCUUUAGGCACAAGGGAAGUGUUACUGUCCAUCAAAGAAUUCACACAGGGAAGAAACCAUAUGAAUGCCUCGAGUGUGGGAAGAGCUUCAGUCACAAUGGAAGCCUUACUGUCCAUCAAAGAAUUCACACAGGGGAGAAACCAUAUAAAUGCCUGAAGUGUGGAAAAAACUUCCGCCACAGGAAAAGCUUGUAUUCCCAUCAAAGAAUUCACACAGGGGAGAAACCACAUAAAUGCCUGGAGUGUGGGAAAUGCUUCAGUCGGACAGACAGCCUAACUAUCCAUCAAAGAAUUCACACAGGGGAGAAACCAUAUGAAUGCCUGGAGUGUGGGAAAAGCUUCAGUCACACUACAAGCUUGUCUUCCCAUCAGAGAAUUCACACCAAGGAGAAACCAUAUGAAUGUUUGGAGUGUGGGAAAUGCUUCAGUCAGAGUACAACCUUGUCUUCCCAUCAAAGAAUUCACACAGGGAAGAAACCAUAUGAAUGCCUGGAGUGUGGAAAAAGCUUCAGUCGGAGUUCACACCGUACUAUCCAUCAAAGAAUUCACACAGGGGAGAAACCAUAUGAAUGCCUGGAGUGUGGAAAAAGCUUCAGUGAUAGUGGACACCUUACUUCCCAUCAAAGAAUUCACACAGGAGAGAAACCAUAUAAAUGCCUGGCAUGUGGGAAAAGCUUCGGUCACAGGAAAAGCUUGUAUUCCCAUCAAAGAAUUCACACAGGGGAGAAACCACAUAAAUGCCUGGAGUGUGGGAAAUGCUUCAGUCGGACAGACAGCCUAACUAUCCAUCAAAGAAGUCACACAGGGGAGAAACCAUAUGAAUGCCUGGAGUGUGGAAAAAGCUUCACUGAUAGUGGACAACUACAUUUUACUGUCCAUCAAAGAAUUCACACGGGGGAGAAACCAUAUAAAUGCCUGGAGUGUGGGAAAAGCUUCCUCGGCGGCAGCUCAGCUGUUUGUCGGGGCGCCCUGCCCACCUUCAGUUUGGACCAGGAGGCAGUGGCCUAG